CCGGUCCUUACAUCAUCCUCAUUGACUCCUCUGAGGCUGUUACUCAAUGAGACUCUCGAGUUAUUCAAUAACAUCACACAUAUAACCACAGAUAUAACAUCACACAUGCUAUUUUCUACAACAACACACAUGCUAUUAUUCAACCACAACGACCGAUGUUAUCGACCCGCCGCGCUGCAGAUGAGCUUCACCAGGGGCAGUAACUGAACCUUCGGUAUAUCAUACAGAGGAGCAUGUCGCGGCUACUGGGGCUUCUCCACCCGGGGGGCGCCGGGCGGCUGGCCGCCCUGAGGAGCGUCUGUGGCCGGGCAGCCUGGAGCCUGUCCCCGCCCCCCACCGCCGGGCUCCGGGCCCGGUCACACCUCUCCUCUCUGGGGCUCUGGGGCUCCGCCGACACGAAUGGGCUUUUGAUUCAAGCAAAGUUUCUGUCUCGUCAUGGUAGUGACUCUACAACCUGGCGCUUCUACUCCACCGACCCUAAAGAUGGUAAAAGCCAAGAGCCAGAAGGAGCAGGGGGAGGAGGUGCGAAGAAAGGAGGUGGAAAGAGAGGAGGAAGUGGAGGAGGGAAAGAUUGGUGGAGCCGCUUGCAGAAGGGGGACAUGCCGUGGGAUGAGAAGGAUUUCCGCUACAUGGCGGUGACGGUGGCGGGGGUGACGUCUGCGCUGCUCUACUUCCUGUUCAGAGACACGGGGCGUGAGAUCAGCUGGAAGGACUUCAUCCACCGCUACCUGGGGAGGGGCAUGGUGGAGCGUCUGGAGGUGGUGAACAAGCAGUUUGUCCGGGUGGUUCUGGCCCCAGGAGCGGACUCCUCUGACGGGGGCUACGUGUGGUUCAACAUCGGCAGUGUGGACACGUUUGAGCGUAACCUGGAGGCGGCCCACAUGGAGCUGGGCCUGGAACCAUCUCACCGCAUCGCCGUGGUCUACAGCACCGAGAGCGACGGCUCCUUCCUGAUGAGCAUGAUCCCCACCCUGCUGCUGAUCGGCUUCCUGCUGUUCACGCUGCGGCGGGGCCCCAUGGGGGGCGGGGCCGGCGGCGGGCGGGGCCCCUUCAGCAUGAGCGAGUCCACGGCCAAGAUGAUGAAGGAGAACAUCGAGGUGAAGUUCAAGGACGUGGCAGGCUGCGAGGAGGCCAAGGUGGAGAUCCUCGAGUUCGUCAACUUCCUGAAGAACCCCAAGCAGUACCAGGACCUGGGGGCCAAGAUCCCCAAGGGGGCGGUGCUGUCCGGACCCCCGGGGACGGGAAAGACCCUCCUGGCCAAGGCCACGGCGGGGGAGGCAGACGUGCCCUUCAUCACCGUCAACGGCUCAGAGUUCCUGGAGAUGUUCGUGGGCGUGGGCCCGGCCCGGGUGAGGGACAUGUUUGCCAUGGCGAGGAAGAACGCGCCCUGCAUCCUCUUCAUCGAUGAGAUUGACGCCGUGGGACGCAAGAGAGGAGGGGGCAACUUCGGAGGGCAGAGCGAGCAGGAGAACACGCUUAACCAGCUGCUGGUGGAGAUGGAUGGCUUCAACACAGCCACCAACGUGGUGGUCCUGGCCGGCACCAACAGACCCGACAUCCUGGACCCAGCCCUCAUGAGACCGGGCCGCUUCGACCGGCAGAUCUUCAUCGGUCCUCCUGACAUCAAAGGAAGGGCGUCCAUCUUUAAAGUCCACCUCCGACCAAUCAAAUUAGAGCCCAGCUUGGACCGGGACGCGCUCGCUAGGAAGAUGGCUGCCGCCACCCCGGGGUUCACAGGAGCGGACAUCGCCAACGUGUGCAACGAGGCCGCGCUCAUCGCCGCCCGACACCUCAACACGGCCGUGGGCGGGAAGCACUUUGAGCAGGCCAUCGACCGCGUGAUCGGAGGUCUGGAAAAGAGGACUCAGGUGCUGCAGCCGAAUGAGAAGAAGACGGUGGCGUACCACGAGGCCGGGCACGCCAUCGUGGGCUGGUACCUGGAGCACGCAGACCCCCUGCUGAAGGUGUCCAUCAUCCCGCGGGGGAAGGGUCUGGGCUACGCUCAGUACCUGCCGCGGGAGCAGUACCUGUACACGGCGGAGCAGCUGUUCGACCGCAUGUGCAUGAUGCUGGGGGGCCGCGUGGCCGAGCAGGUGUUCUUCAGCAAGGUCACCACCGGGGCGCAGGACGACCUCAAGAAGGUCACGCAGUCCGCCUACGCCCAGGUGGUCCAGUUCGGGAUGAGUGAGAAGGUGGGCCAGGUGUCCUUCGACCUGGCCCGGCAGGGGGAGAUGGUGAUGGAGAAGCCGUACAGCGAGGCCACGGCGGAGCUCAUCGACCAGGAGGUCCGGGAGCUGGUGGACCGGGCCUACCAGCGCACCCUGGAGCUCAUCCAGGACAAGAAGGAGAUGGUGGACAUGGUGGGCCGGCGGCUCCUGGAGAAGGAGGUGCUGGACAAGGCGGACAUGUUGGAGCUGCUGGGGCCGCGGCCCUUCGACGAGAAGUCGACCUAUGAGGACUUUGUGGCGGGAACCGGGAGCUUCGAGGAGGACACCAGCCUGCCGGUGGGGCUGAGGGACUGGAACCAGGAGAGGGAGGCUGCCCCAGAGGAGGGGCCCCCGGCCCAGGAGAAGCAGACCGCCUAGACACUGACCCCAUGACCCAGGGCCCUGACCCCUGACCUUGUGACCCUCGGCACAGGAUGGGUGUUUUAAGGUUCUCUGCUGAUGUUCUGAAGACUUCACCAGCAUCUCCACCUCUUACGGUAUUUCAACCUCAAGAAAAGUAUUUAUCACAUUUUAUUGACAUUUCUUUGACUGACUGACGCAAGAAUGGUUUGGAGUCGAGAGCAUCUGGAAGCUCCAGAGCUGAAGGAAGGCAGCGUGUUGUUGUGUGUUGGUCUCUGUUGUGCGCUACAUAGUCGAUGCUACCGUGACGACACCAGAACUCCCAGAAGUCGUCCAAUCACCUCCUCUGACGUGAGACCAAAGCUUGAUUCGAUUUCAUUUUAUCCUCUGAAUUCCCCCCUUUUGUUUUCUGACUUGAAUCAGUUGAGUUCAUUUGAAUAAAUAUGAGUUUGUUUGUUUUUAAA